AACCAGUUCGGAGAGAAACCCCUUCUCUCUCUCUCUCUCUCUCUCUCUCUCUCAUUGGAAUCCAACUCCGAGAAUUCUCUUCGUAGGUAUAGGUCGUUUGAUUUGAGGGGUUUCGACCGAUCUUUUGCAUGUAAUUCUUUGUUUUUGGUAAAUGGGCCGAAAGAAAUCCCGCCCAAUUCGAGCGGGAGGCAUUAUAAGUGAAAGCACUAAUCCGGAAAAGGGCGAUGAUUCAACCACGGGUGAUGAGAUUAAGAGCCAGGAAUCUAAGGAUUCGAAGGACUCAAAAAAAGUUAUUGAUGUAGAUAGUUGCAGUUGUGCUUCCAAUGAGCAUCUUGACAUAGCAGAGGUCAUUCUAAAUGAUGUGAGAUUUUUGGAUGGUGUUAUUGAUUAUAGAUCACUAGAGGAAAGCUUCUCUCAAUCUGAAUAUUCUAUUCGGCUCUCCCUUCAUGAUGUCGAUGAAGGUAGCUUUGUAUUAGGUCAAUGGCCUACAAUAUCGUCCGAUAACAUCUUUCUUGAAUAUCUUAUGCAAGAGGGUAACACCUCGGAUAGCAAUGAGAAAAGUUCUGUAGUAGUCUCUGGAACCUUUGAUGGCCCAGAUGAGAGUGUCUCAGGCCUUGCUCACUUGGUUAGUCUGAAGUUCUUGACACUAAGGAUCGUUCUUGAUGUUGGAGGUUUGGCGGACAUUCCGUCCUUUAAGGUUAGAGUAGAAAUUCUGAAGAGUGCUUUUGAGGCAUGCGAAUCGCUUCUAGAGACCAUGCGACAACCGUGGAGGAAGAGUAUGAUGAGUCUCAUCUCAUGGCUUCGUCCUGAAGUCACAACCUCAGAAGUUAUAUAUGGGAUAGAAGGAGAUGAAGCACUACAUUAUGGGGCUGCUGGUUUUGAUGCAAAGAAUGAUACUGAGUUUGAUGUUGCUGGUUUCUAUGAAGCAGUUAAGCCUUCAAAGGAGGAGCCAAAGUUGGAAGAUGAACUUCCCGACUUGCUGCCUGAUCUUAGGCCAUAUCAGCGCCGUGCAGCAUAUUGGAUGGUUCAACGAGAGAAGGGAGCGACACAGACUUCAAUGCAGAAAAUAAAGAGUCAGCUAUCAGCUCCAUACUGCGUGCCAGUUGAUUUUCUUCAGAAAAAUUCUACAAUGUUCUAUAACCCAUUCAAUGGAAAUGUUUCAUUGCAUCCGGAAUUCUCUUCAUCAUAUGUUUCUGGUGGGAUUCUUGCAGAUGAAAUGGGCUUGGGGAAAACUGUUGAGCUACUAGCUUGCAUCUUUGCUCAUCGUAAACCUCCUUCAGAUGAAGAUUUUCUCUCUGACAAUCCUGAAAAGUUGGGGAAUCUGAUAAAAAGGCGGAAAAUGGAACGUGUUGAAUGUAUUUGUGGUGCUGCAAGCGAGAGUUCCAAAUAUAAAGGCCUCUGGGUACAAUGUGAUCUUUGUGAUGCUUGGCAGCAUGCGGAUUGUGUUGGUUACACGCCGAAGAAACCUUUGGUUUCCACUGAAGCUGAUGUCACGAAAGAGAGUGAGAAUUUAACCGACUUGGAGAAAAAGAGUAAGAAAAAUUCAUCCAAUAAGUCAAAAAAUUCUAGAAAAAAGAACAACAAGAGUCAGAUAAUGGAGAAUGAUGAAAAAUAUAUAUGCACGCUGUGUUCUGAGCUUGUUGAAGCUGCGAAGAUUAACAUAUAUACUGGUGCAACUCUCAUUGUUUGCCCGACACCCAUAUUGGUGCAAUGGCAGUCUGAAAUCAUUCGUCAUACGAGGCCCGGAUCCCUAAAAGUUUGCAUAUAUGAAGGUGCAAGGAAUUUGGACUCUUCAACUAAUCAGAAGAUUGAUAUGGCUGAUUUUGCCACUGCUGACAUUGUCUUGACCACUUAUGAUGUGCUAAAAGAAGACCUAUCACAUGAUUUUGAUAGACAUGGUGGUGAUCGCCACUUUUUGAGAUUCCAGAAAAGGUACCCUGUUGUUCCUACAGUGGUGACAAGGGUAAACUGGUGGAGGCUAUGUUUGGAUGAGGCCCAGAUGGUGGAAGGCAACAAAGGUUCUGCUACAGAGAUGGCAAUGCGGUUACAUGCUCAGCACCGGUGGUGUAUCACAGGAACUCCUAUCCAACGUAGGCUCGAUGACCUGUAUGGUUUAUUGCGUUUCCUUAGGGCAAGCCCCUUUGAUAUUUAUAAAUGGUGGGUCGAAGUUAUCAAAGAUCCAUAUGAGAGAAGGGAUAUUGUCGCUAUGAAAUUCAUCCACAACUUUUUUAGACAAAUUAUGUGGCGUUCAUCAAAAGUUCAUGUGUCAGAAGAGCUGCAAUUGCCACCACAAGAGGAAUGUCUUUCAUGGCUUACCUUCUCACCAAUUGAAGAACAUUUUUACGAGAAGCAACAUGCGACUUGUGUAAAUCAUGCACAUCAAAUUAUAAAAAAGCUGAAACUUGAAUCAAGUGGGAGCAGAUCUCCAUUUGGAACUGAUGCUUCAUGCAAUGUUUUCCUCUCCAAUUCUGAUGUUGAAAAGCUUCUCAUUCCUCUCUUAAAGCUUCGCCAGGCAUGCUGUCAUCCUCAAGUUGGCAGCUCGGGGCUUUGCUCCUUGCAAAAUUCUCCUUUGACUAUGGAAGAGAUUUUAGAUGUUCUUAUUGGCAAAGCAAAAAUUGAAGGAGAAGAAGAACUUAGAAAGAUUGUUGUUGCAUUGAAUGGUCUAGCAGCAAUAGCAAUAAUUGAGCAUGACAAUAAAAGUGCUAUAUCUUUGUAUAAAGAGGCGCUGACUUUAGCUGAUGAACAUUCCGAUGAUUUCCGUUUAGACCCUUUGUUGAACCUUCACAUUCACCACAAUUUGACUGAGGUUCUUCGGAGUGGUUCUGAGUUUUCGCAAAAGUGUCAGCAUUCGGAAAAAUGUAAUCUUGAAGAUAAUAAGCCUAAGAAAAGAGAGGCAGCUGGUGUAGGCCGGUUUGAUCAGUAUUAUGUGAAGAGAAGAAAAAGCAGUGAGGGUAGCAAAGUUGUCUCAAAGGCAGAUAAUAUGUCUAUUGAGCAGUGUAAAGAAACAAAAACAGUAGGCGAUAAUUGCAAGAAAAGUGUACCAGUUGAGUCUAAGUGUCAGACCUCAUCCAAAUGUUAUGCUGAUGGUUGCAUGAGAAACACCUGUGAAAUUAUAAUUCAAAAAUAUUUGUCUGUGUUCUCUGUGAAGUUAUCUUUGGCACAGCAGGAGUUUAAAGCUUCGAGUUCACAGGUUUCCAUUCUCUCCAAGGAGCUGGAAAAAGAAAGCAUGACAUGGUGGUUGCAAGCCCUUGACUCUAUUGAACGGAAUAAGGAUUUGUCAGAGGAACUAAUCAGAAAGAUUGAUGAAUCGUUCUCUAGGAGUUCCAAUCGCUUUGGACAGAAGAAAGUAUUUUUAAGGACUCGUAGUAUAAGUGUUUUAAAGUACAAUAUCCUUAGUGGUCUAGAAUCUUUGCAAGAUUCUAGGAAAAUUUUGAUAGAUCGAAUCUUGGAAAUUGAUCAAACAGUGGAGAACCCAAAGGAUGAGGAUAUUGAACGGCAAAGAUACUGUCCAAACUGCUACGAUGGGAAUGGUUCUUUGUGCAUCCAGUGUGAAUUAGAUAUACUCUUCCAGGUCUACGAGGCCAGGCUAUUUCUUGUAAAAAAAUCGCAUGAUGAUGAUGUAAUUGCAUCAGUGGAGGAAGCAGUAGAUUUGCAAAAGAGGAAAUAUGAAUUCAAUCUUUUCUUCCGUAAUAGGAUGACCUCAGUUGAGUCUGACAGUCAUGAUGAAAAAGGUAAACAACGGUUCGCUAGAGAAAACAUACAGGUCUACAGGCAUCCUUCUGCAGUUGAGACUAUCCUUAGGGUCAUCAAAAGUCAUUCGAAGUCAAUCUUAGGACGACAGGGCAUAGAGUGUGCUAAAAAGCACUUAGUUCUAUUUGAGGCUAUGCGCAAGGAAUACUCUCAGGCAAGGUUCUUAUCAAUUGCUCAAGCUCAGUUUUUGCGUGCUCAUGAUGAGAUUAAAAUGUCUACCUCGCGAUUGCGCCUUAAGGAGACAGAGGAUGAGCCUAGCGCCAUUAAUAUCCUUACUAGAGAAGAGUUAAUUCCAACAAGCAUGCAGUUAUCGAGUGACAAAUUUUCAUCCUCAUCCUCGAUGGCGCGUAUAAAGGGUCAGCUUCGCUACUUAAAGGGAUUGGUGCUUUCCAAUCAGAAAACACAGAAUCAGUGCAUUAAUUCCUUCUUCAAGGCUCAGGAUAAUGCUGAUUUGCAGACUUUUUCAGUUUCUGUGGAAGAAACUGCGAAUAAGAUUGAUGAUGAACCUUGCCCUAUUUGUCAAGAGAGAUACUAUGAGCAGAAAAUGAUGUUUCAAUGUGGCCAUUCCUUAUGUUGCAAGUGUUGUCUUCAAAUGUCUGAACGGGCUAUAGGACAUUCUGGAAAGUAUGGCCAGAAAUGGAUUAUGUGUCCUUCAUGUCGUCAACGUACAGAUUUUGAGAAUAUUGCGUAUGUGGUUGAGAAAAAAAAUAAGGAAACUUCACCCACAUCAUUAAAUUCUCACCAAACUGAAAAUGUUUCAGAAGGUUCUAUUGUAAUAAAAGGAUCCUAUGGUACAAAGAUUGAAGCUGUCACCAGAAGAAUCUUGUGGAUAAUAUCAACUGAUCAAGAGGCCAAAAUUCUCGUCUUCUCCAGCUGGAACGAUGUCCUUGGUUUGUUGGAGCAUGCUUUGGUUGCUAAUGGUGUUGUGUUUGUCCGGAUGAAAGGAGGCAGGAAAUCACAAGUGGCGCUUGCCCAAUUCAAAGGAGACACAAGUGUUGCUGAAGGUGGCAAAACAAAAAGAAUGCCUUCCACUGAGAAGUCCAUUCAAGUCCUGUUGAUGCUAAUCCAGCAUGGAGCAAAUGGUCUCAAUCUUUUGGAAGCACAGCAUGUCAUUUUAGUGGAGCCAUUGCUCAACCCUGCAGCGGAAGCACAAGCCAUAAGCCGGAUCCAUAGAGUUGGACAGGGCAAGAAAACAUUUAUACACCGAUUCAUCGUGAAGGAUAGCAUCGAGGAGAGUAUCUACAAGUUAAACAGGAGCAGGAGUGCAUGCUCCAUAAUGAGCCCGAAAGUUAAGAAGCUCAAAGAUGAGCCGCUUUUGACACUUAAAGAUGUCGAGUCUCUAUUUCCUUUGACAGUGCCUGGUGAAUUAGGUGUAGAGGAGGAUGAUGAUCAAGCCGAAAGCUUGAGGCAUUUAGCUCCCUCUGUUGCUGCUGGUCUAGCAGCUGAGCGGAGAUUAAUGGAGGGCCGUUAUAACUCGUAACUAAGUCCUAGGAGAUUCAUUCAUGGGAACAUUUCUAUGCUCGCAAUUUAAUUGAGUUAUAGGGGUGGAUAAUAAAGGGGGGGGCUAUGUAUGUUGCCUCUAUCCCUGUCUCCUCUCUCUCUCUCUCUCUCUCCCCCUUCCCUUUUUUUCUUUUGAAGAUUGUACAAUGAGGAGGAUAUAGGAAGUAAUUUUAUUGUACUGAUUUGUUGUAUAGGAACUGUAAAUAUUUACUUGGUUUCUUGGUGUAAUUUUCUACAUGAUUAUGAUGCUCUUGUCAGGAAUUUUUAGAUUGGUA